CGAAAGUAGUAUUAUUACCACAACAAACAGAUCUACUGUGCAAAAUAAUUUUCAAACUAACUACCGUUUCAGAGGGAUAUCCACGUAAUCUGUUUCAGCUAAGUGUAUGAAAUGUUUGGCCAUAUAGCAUUAAGACAUGCCAUCAAAGAAAAAUAAAAGGAAGCAGAGAAGAGUUUUGUCUGAGGGUGAUGCAGCUCAAGGCAGCAGCAGUGUGCAUGGAGGAGCAGGGACUACAGAUCCCGCACAAGAGUCAUCCUACAACUCGAUAACAGCUAUCACACAGAACAUUUCGGGAACAAAUGUUCAAGUAGGUCAUGGUAAUGUUAUUGAAGACAAGAGGAGACAUAAAAGCGACACAACUGACGGAGCUGAAUAUACAGGGGCUUGUGCUUUGCCACCAGAUUGUCUAGAUCAGGAGAGAACGUAUGCAGACGUCGUUACAGGAAGAGUCGUGAAGCAGCAUAUUCAAGCAGACAGAGUCACCAUUAAUAUAAAUGCAAAUACUGGCACAGUUGAAAGUGAAAAUGUAUCAAGAAAAGAAACCGAAAGCAAAGAGCAAACAGCAAAAAUAGCACAGUUUAAAAGGGAACAGGUUGCUUUGUUUCUUAACUCUGUCGAUAAUUUCAGUAGAGGUCAUUUCAUUUUAGCGGUUGGUAAACAAAAUACUGUUGAUUACAUUCAAUUUGAGGCUUUAUCUUUAGUUCCAUGGACGGUCGUGUUCGACUUUGAUCCAGAAAGUAGAUCAACUGGACUUUUAUCCAGUAUAGAGUCUAUAUUAAGUAAACGCCGAUCCUUACAUAUUGACAGUAUUCAAGGCGCAUGCACGUUCUCCGAACAAAUCACUAGUUGGAUUUUCUUAAUGGGUUGUUCAGACAGACCAGAUACAAGAACUGCAACCGAAGCAGGUGACUGGAAAAAGGAGGUGGACGAAGAAGUUGAUAAGAAACUUUCAAAUUUAAAACAGUUCGAAGCAGGCAUUACUCAUUUUACAUUUGUUGUUUUUUGGCCUUCUGAUCCAAACACUGCCAAAUGUAUGCAUUUCAUUCUAAGCAAGGUAUGCACUCGUAUGAGUUCCUCAGUUGUUAUAGUAGAGGAUGGUGAAAUGAAAUCCGAUGUAUCAGUUCGAAACUUAAAUGUCUUGAAAGAUGAAAAGGAAGUUACAGUGGUAGAACUAGGUAUUAAAGAACUGUGUCAAGCCGUAACAAAAGUUAUGAGGCCUAUUAUAAUGGAGUCAUCAAGUUACUAUCUACCAACAAAAGACAACUCAAAUGAUCCCGGAAUAACAGAAGAAAAGGCACAAUGGCUGAAGGAAGACAUAGAAGUUCUUUAUGUGAACAAUAAAACAGGAGUUAAAUACACUUCCCAACAGAUGAAGAUCGAGGAGGACACUUUCCACAAGGGAGGAACAUUACCGUGGACGUGGUGGUAUGAAGUUGGCCCAGGACAUGCAGACGUCGAGAGAGAUAUCACAAAACGUAUAGUUCAUUCGAUUAAACAAAACUACCUGGAUAUUCCUAAAUCGGGUAUCAUUACACUGCUACAUUCUCCAGGAUCCGGUGGUACAACGCUUUCGCAGAGAGUUCUUUGGGAUUUGAAAGACAGGGUUCCUUGUGCACAGAUGAAACAAAAUUCUGGAUCAUCUGUUACGGACCUUGUAGAAAAGAUUACUUAUUUGAGUGACAGAACAAACAUGCCUAUUGUCAUUUUACUGGAUGGUGAAGACGAACACAGAAUACGUUCUCUUCAGAAACUUUCAGAGCGAAUGAAGAUAUGUGUCAUUAUGCUGUAUGUUAGAAGAUACUACGUAGAUGCUGGUGAUUACGAAGGGAGGAAGGAUAUCUAUGUGUUAACUGAUACACUAUCCAAGAGAGAAGCUAGGGUUUUGAAAUUAAAAUUCAGCGACAAAAUAGACCAUGAAAAGAGGCGUAAAAAUGUGGAACAACUUGCGGAGGAUGUUGAAAAUGAUAAGAACCGGACGAUUUUUGAAUUUGGUCUUGCAGCUCAUAGCUAUGAAUAUCAGGGAAUUCAGUCAUAUGUAAGAGGUUACUUACAACUAUCUGAAUCUGAGGAUGACCGACUUUUACCAUGGCAAACGUCGCUUGCGUACUUGUCCCUUGUAUAUUUUUACGGGCACACAUCAGUCCCUUGCCACUUUUUCACCGACAUUCUACGAUCAAAAGACAAUAAAAUGAUCCUCGAGACAAAAGAUUUUCCUCCCGAAAUGCAAGAAUUCAUUGUGCGAGGUGUGAAUGAAUCUAGAAUGUAUACUGUACGAAUCAGCCACUACUAUGUUGCAAGAGAGAUACUAGACCAGGUGCUGACAAGACCUGUCACAAUCGAGAGACAUGUUUCUCCUUAUUUAUGCAGUGCAGCUAAGAAAAUGUUGGGUACAUUUUGUCCAGGACUUAUAAAAGAAGCAGGAAAAGUCAACGAUGGAAAUUCUUCAGAGGUCAUAUCAAAAAUGUUGAUCAACACAUUUAUCAAAAGAGAGCACAUAGAUAUUCUUGAAGACGAAACACAAGACGCACGUCUCAAAGGACCCAAUAAGCCACGGUUUUCUCAUAUUUUAGAAGACGCGAGCUCAACCGCUCCAUUUUCUGAACGUUUUGACAUUCUGCAACAACUGGUUGUAUCAUUUCCCUCUGAGGCACAAUUUCGGGCACAUCUAGGGCGACUCUAUAUGAUAUGUCGACCAGAGGAAGAAGAGAAAGCUGAAGAAAACCUUAAAAAAGCUUAUGAGAUGAGUUCGGCUAUCCUUGAUGAAACUGAAUCCGUGGAUGAAAUUCCUUUUUCCAGGAGACUUGACAUACGAAAUAUAUGUCACAUGUAUGGGAACAUGUUGUCAAAGAAGGUAUUCAAGUAUACAGGGAAAUGUAGCACUGACAAACCUGUCAUUGUUGUAAGGACUGAUCAGUUCCUUGCAAUCGCUGAAUCGCUUCUUCCCGACGUUCAGUUUGCUUGUAAACUUUUCUCGACGAACAGAGAAGUGAUGUCCCCAGGGUAUGAAGAAUGUUUAGGGUUUGUUGGUGAAAUCCAUGUUAGACUGAUGUUUUGUCGUCUUGUUAAAGAAAAAAGUGGAGCUGCUGAUUUAGAAGCUUUUGCCAGUACCAAUGAUGGAGAAGUAGCACAGUUUGUCAACGACUGCUAUUCAAACCUGGAUGUUCUUUUUGACGAACUGUGUGAUGUGGCAGAUGCAAAAAGUAUGGAGGUAAACGGCCAACCACUACAAGAAAUUUACAUGGAUAUUAUGAGUUCCACUGCUCCGGGGCACAUUGUUUAUAAACAAAACAGGAAUACCCCUAGAGUGCGCAGAAAUGAAAUAGGAAAAAUAAAAGCGCGAUACAACACAAAGAAUUCGCAUGGAUAUUUAGAAAAACUGACGCAAGAAGACGAGAUUAAAUUCAUAGUAGACUGCUACGAGAAAAACUUUCAAACGACCGAUUCAACAGAUAAAGCAUUGGAUAAUGAUUAUCGAGAAUGGAUCCGAGCGAUAAGGCACCCUGAAUUCCCGAACAGGUACUCCAUUGAAGUUGUUCUCAGGCACGUAGAAAAUUGGUAUGAACAUGUUCAAAAACAGAAUAACCCCUGGAAGAAAAUCACUGCAAGGUUUUACUACUUUGUCUUGUCGAGUAUACUGGGUUUUGGUGCGUUCGGGCAAUCUGGAAACUUGGAACUUCUUCGCAAGUCGCAAAUCUUGCGGAAAGAUUUAUUAGAAAUUGCAAAAUAUUCACAAAACCCUGAUUAUCAGAUUGAGUGGCUUGGUUUACCUGUGGCGACAAUUGAUCGACUUAUACCAGGCAAGAGAUGUUUUGGUUUGAGCGGAGACCUGCCACUGAAAGAGGAAGACCUCGAACGUCUUGAGAUCAGGCUAGGUACAGUAUGUCCUCCAAAUAAUAAGCCUAAUAAUGGCUUAAUAGCGCUUGACUUGGGACCUGGGAAUCGAGAAAAUGUGAAGAUACAUUAUGUUCCAAUUAAAUGGAAAAUGAAAGGAAAAAGUUUUAAAAGUUGCCGUGUACAAUUUGUGAUUGGUUUCAACAUGUCACACGGCUACGAGGCAUUCAUGGUUCAACGAGUUGAACACGUGAAAUGCCUAAAUUCCAAAUGUGGCACACAUAUAGAAAGAAGAAGUUGUGACAAUACUGUAAAGUGCCCAACAUGUCUCCAAGAAACAAAAAUUAAACAUACCUAGUAAAACAGUAUUAUGGGUUAACACUAUCCCCAUGUUCAUUCUUUCUGUUGCAAUUAAAAGUUUACUGCGGAAUCAGCUGGAGUCACUGAAUACCCUUACGGCUGAAUUUGAGGAUACAUUUAUCAACCUAAUAUUCACAAGCACUAAAUUCAUAAAUUAAUAAAGCACAAACAUGGGUAGGGUGUGGUAAUGAGAGUAUUUUAUACGACAGUGAGUCCUUUUGAUACCUACUAGUUGAGGUUAAUGGAGAGGUCGAUGUCAUAUCCAUACGGGAUAUGUACGUGUAAGUUUCCAUUCUAUGCUUCAUUUAAAAAGUGUCUACGGUGUCAAAUUGCUAGCGUUUGGAAUGUGUAGAUUCACUAGUAACAGCGAUUCUAUCAAUGUAUAGUUUUUGAGAACACAAAAAUACGCGUACACGUUCUGAAUCACAGGUUAUUAUCCGAUGACCAAUAGAUCUGUCUUAAUUAAAUACUGAUUUAAACCUCCAUUUUUUCUUCUCUCCCCAACUUCCAUUACCUUCAACGUUAAAAAUAUAUAUAAUAUAGUUAUAAAUUCAACUAUUGUUCUAUAAUGAUUGUGUUGAAUAAGUCAAGUACUAGUUAUGCCACUUAAACUGUUUUCUCCUAAGUUGGAACAUUGUGUUCUACUUGCGCAUCAUGGUAAAGGAUUCAGGAUUUGUAUUUCUAUCAGUUUGUAUGUUUUUUCUCUCUCUCCCUCUCUCUUAUACAGAUAGGAUAAACUACGAGUGCAUACCUAACUUACUGCGUUAUGUUUAAGUUCUUCUUUUAACCCUUACCCUGCUAAAUUUCUAUAAUGAACUUGUCCAUCUUUCAGUUUGGACAGUACCAUUAACUGUUAAAAAUGGGUGCUUGUCAAAAAGAUACUGACUGAAUGGCGAACAGUGCAUAUCUUAAUCAGAAUGCGCGGAUGUGCAGGCUGAUCAUGAUCUAAACUGGUCGCAAAGGCAGAAUCAAUUGUGCCCAGCAAUGUAAGGGUUAAUAAUUAUUGUACGCAAUUGAUAUUGUAAAUACAAAUAUUGUUCUAAAUCAAUUUUUUCUGCGGAUUGACUGUCUGAAUAUAUUUUUAUGUUUAUAUGUGUUACUAACUGAUUGGCUGUCGUUGAGUAGGCCGAAUAGAGUUCGAGACUUUAAUGAAAAGACUUUUUCAAAUAAUGUAACGCUUAAAACACGCAUGUAAAUUCAUACAAUAAAUAGACAAAGGAGUUUAAACUUGCAUAAUUUAGCAAAACACUUUUCUUGACAAUAUUCAUGAACUAGGGACUAAAGUAACCAGGAAAAUUCGUUUAGAUGAAGCAACAGUAUAUCAAAAACUGCACGAUAGCUGCGUACCACAGUCAGAGCAAGAGGUCGUCCAAAGUUGCAUGGUUGUAUCACACCAUUGGCAGCCACUGCUAGUUGUAUACUAAACUCUCAACCAGCCGGACUGGUUCUCUAACAGUACAUAUUAGCCGUGUACUAUGGAGUAUUUAGAUACUGUAGUUUAUUCAAAUUUCGUAAUAACUAUGUAGAUAUCUACCACGUUUGGCAGUGAAGGUUAUCUAUGUUCGAUACUGUAGAUAGAAAUGGCUUUGCUCACCAAAUAAUUUUCAAAUUAUAGCGUGUAACAAAUUAUUGGUAUAUACUACAGUUUAUUUAAACAUGCAUAAUAACUUUGUACCACAAUGUCGGAAGGCUCAACACAGCAGGUUAUCUAAAAUUGCAUAAUAUUUAAAUUUGUACACACAUAUGAGUAUUUCCAGCUCAUUAUGUUAACUGCUGACCUGUCUGGUGAGAAACGAAAACACGUAGUUCUGUCAUGUUUAUUAGAUUAUAUGAUUUCUUCUAUGCAUUUUUGUUCUGUUACAAAUAUUGCUAUCUUAGAAGACUUUUAUUGUGAAGAGAUAAUAUGCAUGUAAUGUUUUUUUUUUCUUCAUUUAAAAGAUAUUUUGUUUAAUCAUACAGCAUAUUUAUGAUGCUUGCAAUAUUUACGUUAUGUUGGUGAACAUAGUUUUAGCUAAUAAUCAAAAUUGACAAAAA